AUGAGGUGCGGGGCGGCUAUACUGCUGGCGUCUACAGUGGGCGCCGAGACUGAUGAUGCUCACUGCGGCUACGCCGCAGAUGCAUGGCGCAUCACUCCUGCGGAGCAAACCGGCAACAUGGGCGACGCCUGGACGGUACGCGAGCUUCACGUCUAUGAGGACAGUGAAUGCGAAGGCGACCCGAUCCAAGCGACCUCGGUGUUUUCGAAGCCGAGUUAUCCAUCGAAGAAAGUCAUCGUCGACGGAGACACGGGCUCGUUCUGGCAGGCCAAUUGCGGCUACUCGGGCGAUGGCUGCGCGGCCUACGGUCCCCACGUCGGUUUCUACACGGCGACAAACACAACGGCGCGGUGCGUCAAGUUGUACCAGUGCGCUGGGACCGGGUGCGCGCCGUCCAUCGCGCUCCAGUAUAUGAUCAAUGGCGGCGACUGGACCACAGCGAUCGUCUUCGACGCAAAACAUGGCGCGUUUAAAGAUUAUCCAAUUCAUUUCCCUUGUCCCGCGACACCGCCGACACCCGGCCCAGAAAGUUCCCCUAGUGGGUCUAGUGACGCAAACGCUGCCUCGGCCGGUCUCAUCACAGGCGUGGUCGUAGGGGCUGCUGUCGUUCUUCUCGUGCUCCUCGCUGGGUACUUUAUUCUUAAGAACCGUCGCGCGGCGCCACUGCCAAUGAAGGCGUCCGAUUAUUCAGCAGACGAGCUGCGGCCGGCGAAACCGCCCCGCGAAGGCGCUGCGGCAGCUGUCUAG